UCCGAUGAACCUGGAUCGAUUGGUCCGAUAUCGACCGAGCUCCCGUUCGCACUGGUUUUACGUCCAUGAGGCCAAAUCGUGGAAAACAACGCCGUCGACUCGUUGCUAUUCCAAUGGCUUUUCCAGCUUCGUAACGAUCUUAAGCGUCACACAUGGCUAGUGAGACAGAAUUAUGGCAAAGGAUCGGAGAAGGCUUUGUCCAAGUAUACUACACCCAGUUUGACACUACCAACAGGAUGCUCCUGGGUGAUCUUUAUUCUAGUACUGCUUGUCUGACGUGGGAAGGAACAACCUUCUUCGGAAGGGAAGCCAUCGCAAACAAACUAAUAAACUUGCCUUUCAAGAACAUAAAGCACAUUAUCACAGGACAAGACUUUCAACCCACAGUAGAUAGUUGCAUCCUCAUAAUGGUGUUUGGGCAGUUACAGAUAGAUGAUCAUCCCCCAAUGGCCUUCCAUCAAGUGUUCAUGCUGAAGAACCAGAACGACAAUUGGGCUUGCACAAACGACGUGUUCCGGUUGGGGAUACACAACAUACCGGUGUAGCUCCAACGCAUAUUGACAUGUGACCCUGAAUCCACACUGGGGUGAAGUUAAAUUGGAUAUUUCAAAAUGAAACAGGAACUUGCGUUGAAAGUUCCUCCACGUUUACAAUAAAUCUAUGAACACUCUGUUUGUAUUAGAGAUGUGUCGAACUACAUCCCUGUCCAAUAAAAGCAUUUAUUAGUUUGAA